AAAUACCCCUAACAAUUGUCCUGAAAUAAUUAUAGGGAGAGCUAGAGAAUUGUCUGUAUUGAUUACAAAAUGUAAAAUUAAAUAAUUAGUCUUUCUUUGGAAUUGCAGUCCCAUUAUAUUUCGAAAACAAACACUUGACUAUAAACCAACCUAUACUCUUACUUACACAAUUGGUUUCCAUAAACAUUAUUCACUCUAUUCAUCUGUCUUCACAGCCUCUUACAAUGUCUACACCAUUAGAAUAUUACAAUUCUCUACCGCCAGUUAGCAAGUUCUAUGGAAUGGCCUGUUUAAUGACCACGUCAGCCCUGUAUCUCCAACUCUAUAAUCCUUGGAUCAUUGCACUUGAUUAUACCCUUGUCAUAAAAAAAUUUCAGGUGUGGAGGCUUGUUACCAAUUUCUUCUUUCUGGGGCCCUUUUCAGUUCCAUUUGCUUUUGAUCUAAUAAUAAUAGCUAGAUAUGGUGUGUCCCUAGAGAAGGGAACUUUUGACAAGAGAACAGCAGACUUUGUAUGGAUGUUUAUCUUCGGAGCAUUGUCACUUUUGGUGAUGGCUAUUAUUCCAAUAUUAUCAUCCCCAUUUAUGGGAGGCUCACUAGUUUUUAUGAUCGUCUAUGUAUGGAGCCGUGAAUACCCAAAUGCUCGUAUCAACAUAUACGGUCUUGUAUCAUUGAAGGGUUUCUAUCUUCCAUGGGCAAUGCUAACACUAGAUUUACUAUUUGGAGUGCCAUUAAUGGAAGACAUUUUAGGAAUGGUGGUAGGGCAUCUCUAUUACUUUCUUACGGUGCUUUAUCCUCUUUCUGGUGGGAAGUACAUUUUCAAGACUCCUAUUUGGGUUCAUAAAAUAGUGGCAUAUUGGGGUAAGGGAAGUCAAAUGAACUCCCCAGUGGAGAGAGAUCCAUUUGCUGGAGUUGCCUUCCGAGGAAGAAGCUAUCGUCUCAAUGGGACUCCAACAAGGCCCGCCCACCAUGGCCAUCAGGAUCAGGAUCAGAAUCAACGCCCUAACCAUCAAGCUAAUGACAAUGGGGGAGUUUUUCGUGGAAGGAGUUACCGCCUUAGUGGAAAUUAGGGAAAAUUUUAUUUUUAUGGUUUUUAAGUAUAAAUUUAUAAGAUACUAAAGAGCAAUGUUUGCCUUUCAAAGUUGCUCUGUGGCAAUUUUUCUUGUUUUUUUUUUCUUUUCAGCUGUUUACUUUCACUUUUUUGCAUUUUUCUUCCUGUAACCACCUCCGAUGUCUUCCAGUAACCACACUAAUCCUCCCCUGUUGUCAUCCCUUCCCCUAUAACUAUUUUUCUCUUCUUAACUGAUCUUCAACCUAUCACCCUGCUCUAUUUCUAUCUCUUCUAUUUUUUUGUUUAUUACCUAUUCCUACUGGAUGUGUAGUAAUUUUCUUUCCA